AUGUUGGUCAAGACCGUCUUCAUCAUCCUCAGCCUCCUUACGGCGAUGUGUCAGGCCACAGCCGUGCCCGCCGGAGCCGCGGGCGCGGGCGCGGCGGAGAGAGGCCUCGACAUGGUCCCAUUGGAUCAUGGUUCAGCCACGGUCGGCGCCUACAUCCCUACGAUCCUCAGAGACCGGCAGACCAACAGGCAGGACAUUAUCCGUCGUGCCACUCGGCGCCUGACUGCAAAACGGGCCUACUCCUCCGUCUCUCCGAACGGCUUCGUCGGUAACAUGUUUGUUGUCCAAGUCGCGGGGUCAGGGUCAUACCUUGGUCGGGCCAGUCCCACCGACUCCCUCGUUACCGGCUAUACCCUCGCGGACGCUUUGCGUUUCACCUUUGACUCUCAAUCCCGCCUCGUCUCGUCAAGCGAAAUACUGGCCUCUUCCAGUCCCAACACCGCUCCCCUUUAUACCCGCUCGCAAGCCUCACUGGACAGCAACAGUAAUUACGCACCGCUCACAUGUCGGAUCGACUCGGCAAGCGUGCUCUCAUGUACUCGCUUCGACCCCGCACAGCCUGGCGAGUUCUGUACUGCCGGAGCUCAGGUCCGAUUUGCAACCACCGGCUUGUGCGGUCGGAACCCGCGCAUCUCCCUCACGCUGGUUGACGUGUAG